UGAGAAAAAUCAAAGAGUUUUUGAAUUUUUUCUCAGUUUUUCCACUCUUUUUCUUUGCUCUUUGUUUCGAUCACAAGAUCUUCUAAUGUGUAAUCAAUCUUGAAAGGUCUUUGUGAUAAUUUUUUAAAUGGGAGAACUUAAUAUCUGAUCGUGGAAAAGAAUAUUAGUAAUAACAGAAUCUUCCUGAGCUGACCUUUGACAUAUUUACUAGACUUUGGACGUGAUCAAACAGCUGAGAAAAAGAUGUCGUCUGGAACAAUAUCAUGGAUUAUUACAAGCAUUGCUCAAAUAACCAUGUUCUUCUUGUUGGUCUGGUGGGUGGCACUCAUCAAGCUAACCACUUCCAUCUUGACAUUGAUCCUUGGUCCAGAAUACAAGCAGUCGCUCUUCGGCAAACACUUAAGAAACACAGAGUUUACCUUGGAUGCAUAUGCAACAUUUGUUAAUCAUGGUUCAUUUGGAACUGUUCCGAGGGUAGUUCAAGAAGCACAGCAGAGGCUAAAGGAUGAAAUGGAACAGUGUCCAGGUUCAUGGUUUUUCUAUAAAGCAAGACCAAUGUGGAACAAGUCUAUCACUGCAAUUGCCAAGUUUGUAAAUGCUGAUCCCAAGAACCUAGUCUUUGUACUCAAUGCAACUACAGGAGUAAACACAGUGCUGAAGUCCUUAGAUCUACCUGAAGGGCAAGGGAUUGUAGUAACAAAUCAAACAUAUGGAGCAAUUUACAAGACAGCGCAAGAUGUCUGUCUGUCCAAGAAAUGUAAUCUGGUAGUACUUAAUAUCACAUUUCAAACCUCGGAUCUAGAUGGCUCAGUAGAGUUCUAUGCUGCAGAUAUUGUGGAACAAUAUCGUAAAGUACUUAAGGAAAACCCCAAUAUCAAGCUAGCAAUUGUUGACUAUAUAACGAGUGCUAGUGCAAUGAAAAUGCCAGUCAGCAAGAUAAUUCAAGUGUGCCAUGAGUUUGGUGUUAUGGUGUUGGUUGAUGGUGCGCAUGCUCCUGGACAAGUACCUCUGGAACUAGAAAGCUUGAAUGCAGAUUUUUUUGUGGGUAACUUACAUAAGUGGAUGUUUACCCCAAGGGGGUCGGCCAUUCUUUGGGUCCAUCCAAAAUACCAGGAUACCAUCAACCCCCUCGUUGUUUCCUGGAAUCAAGACCUUGGUUUCCAAGACAAGUUCUUUAUGCAAGGCACCCAAGACCAGACUUCAUACUUAGUUAUAGAUUCUGCUUCGAAGUUUUAUUAUGAACUUGGAGGAAUGAAUGCCAUAACAGGAUACAAUAAGUGUCUUGCUUCUUGGGCUUCUUUGAUGUUAGCCACUGAAUGGAAGACUGAAGUUCUCCCUAUCCCUGAAUCCAUGCGAGCUCCAUUUAUGGCAAGCAUCCGCCUUCCUUUGGAGUUCACUGCAGCCUAUGGAACAAGCUGCCAAUCUGAGUUUAUGAUCAGAAGAGAUCUCUUUCAACGUUACAGAGUGCUAACAGCUGUGUGCUGCAUUCAGUCCUCCUUAUGGUGCAGAAUAUCUGCUAACGUGUACAACACAAAAGAGGACUACAUGAAGCUAGCUGAUGCAUUCAACAGGCUGAAACAUGCACUUAACACAGGUUAUAAACCAGAUGUAAAGAUAAUUGGUAACUCUUUAGGGCCAAGUCCUGCUGAAUCAUUAACUUGUAUUAACCAAGGAUGACUGGUAAUGCUCAAGUCCAAGACAGUACACCUCUCACUGGUGUCCAAUGAUGUAAAAAACACUAUAACGUGUGCCUGAGUGUCUUAGGAAUUCAAUAUAAAAUAAGUAUUAUAAUUUAUUUCCAUAAGUAGAUAGGGUAAUGUAGAAGAUGGUGUGUGUUUUAAGGCAGCAAGGAGCUAUGCCCAGGACUCAAGUACUCUAUUUAAACUAGCAUUGCUAAACUACGUGUAGAUAUGCCUGUAUGGUAUUGACUUAAAUAAAUAGAUAAAUGCCCA